CCCCUGUUGCUACGCCACUGCUCUCUCGGCUACAUUGGCAUCCACCACGACGUUUAUUUUCUCCGUGAUACUGGCAUAGUAAGGUAAAUGGAACGUUCAGGUGGAGCAGGUGGGACAGGUUCCCGAACGCGGAUACAAGUCCAAAAAGCAGGCGCAUCCGGCGCCAUGAGAAGGUAUCGACACCAUUCAAAAUCAAGUGAUCGCAGAAAACUGUCGAACUUUGUCAAAUAAUUCUUGCGUCCAUCACAUUCCCGCUUAUGUUCACGUCUUCAACCUGCCUCAACUACCUCAACCAUUGCCUCAACGUACUGAAAAAGCGAACACUCCAUUCAUAGGAGCGCCAGCAGCCCUUGUGUAUCCAUCCGAAGCCAGCGCGCCGGCGCGCAGCUUUUCCCGCCAAAUUGCCGAAACCUUCAAACGCAGCAGUCACUUUAGAAGUGAUCGUGCGUUGUCAGUGGGUCAGCACGCCCUAGCUCAGCUCGCACGAGAUUUGAGUUUUCCUCUUUCUUCAUCUAACAUUCAGGACCACUGUUACUCAAGUAAUUCAACGUAAAUUGUCUGUUUACGAGACCUGAGCUCGCAGGAGCAGUAUUUGCGACGAUGUGGAUCCAAGUGCGAACCAUGGACGGCGGUAAGUCGGUGCGCAUUGAUGGCCUCUCAAAGAUCACUAAGGUGGAAGAACUGCGGCUUCGUGUUCGCGAUGAAUUCGACGUCGAAACAGCGUUGCAGAGACUCUUCUAUCGAGGCAAACAGCUGGAAGAUGGCUAUACUUUAUUUGAUUAUGACGUUGGGUUGAAUGAUAUUAUUCAGCUGCUAGUCAGGGUUGUUCCAUCAGAUUCCACAAGCACAUCUUCUGCAAGCUCUUCGACUUCACUCAAAGAGAAUUUGAAGGAACCAAGCAAACCACCUGUUGGAUCUCCAUGCUUCAUGCAAAGCCUGUACUACAAGGUGGGCGAUCUGGUGGAUGCUCGAGAUUUGACAAAUGGAGCUUGGUUUGAAGCCAAAGUUGUCAAAAUUACCCAAGGUGAAUGCACGUCUACACCCCCAGACUCAGGGGAAGAAACUAAUGUGGUGAAUGGCUGCGAGAGAGCGAGCGUAUUGGAGGCUUCAAAACCAAAAACAUCAGAGUCGCAGCCUUUGCCUGCUUGUUCUGCAGCCAAUGAACCAUCUGUGGAAUUAAAAAGAGAAGAUCCAACAAAUGCUAUUGCAGACGAUGGCUUACUUUACCACGUUCAGUAUGAUGACUAUGAAGACGAAGUGGUUGCACUAAAUCUGAACUGUCUCCGGCCACGAGCCAAGAAGUUGAUCCCCUUUGUAGAUGUGAGCAUUGGUGAUAGACUCAUGGUCAAUUUCAAUGUCGAAGAGCCAUCCUCAUUGGGCUUUUGGUAUGACUGCCUGGUGACUUCCAAGAAGUCGACUCGCACCCAGAAAGAGCUGUGGGCCACCAUAUUUAUUGGGGCAUCAAAAACACCUUUGGAAAAUUGCCGUCUCAUGUUCUGUGAUGAACUUUUUGCCAUUGAGCCGCAUCCAGCUGUCAAUGCUGCAGACCGUCAAAAUUUUGAGCAGUCCCAUGUUAAACGUCGACGGCAGCCUGACUGCACACACUGUGGUGAUCGACCAGAGCGCCGCUGCCGCCACUGUGCUUGCUGUCGUUGUGGAAGUAAAAAGGAGCCUGAGCGGCAGUUGCUUUGUGACGAAUGUGACCGGGCUUUUCACUUGGGCUGCCUUGAGCCACCUUUAGAAGAACUGCCAGAGGAAGAGCACUGGUUCUGCCCAGACUGCAAGCAUGAUCCAACAGAGGUUGUUCAGCCUGGGGAAGCUUUGAAGGAGUCUCGGCGCAAGUCCCGGCUGCCCUCAAUUGUUGGUGAAGGCAAACGCGACUGGGGCCGUGGCAUGGCCUGUGUGGGACGUACGCGUGAGUGCACUUUGGUGCCGGCCAACCACUUCGGGGCCCUUCCUAAUGUGCCUGUUGGUUCUCUGUGGAAAUUCAGGCUUCAGGUGUCAGAAUCUGGCUGCCAUCGGCCACCAGUUGGAGGAAUACAUGGCAGGGAGUCAGAUGGGGCUUACUCUAUUGUUCUUUCAGGAGGCUAUGAGGACGACCAGGACGAUGGUGAGCAGUUCUUAUAUACUGGCAGUGGUGGCCGUGACCUGUCCGGAAACAAACGCACUGCAGAGCAGUCUUGUGACCAAAAGUUGACUCGCAUGAACAUGUCUCUUGCACGAAACUGUGCAGCACCAAUAAAUGCUAAAGAUGGUGCUGAAGCAAAAGACUGGCGAGAAGGCAAGCCUGUGCGAGUGAUCAGGAGCUUUAAAGGCCGAAAGCAUUCCAAGUAUUGUCCUGAAGAUGGCUACCGCUAUGAUGGAGUAUACAAGCUGGUGAAGUACUGGCCUGAAAAGGGAAAAUCCGGCUUCCUGGUCUGGCGCUACUUGCUUCGAAGAGAUGACAAGAGUCCUGCUCCUUGGACGGCAGCUGGCAAGCUAGCUGCUGAGAAACUGGGUCUUUGCAUGCAGUAUCCUGAAGGCUACCUGGAGUCUCAAGAUGGUGAGGCUAACAAUUCUGGCUCAGAAAAUGAUGCUACAGCUGCUAAAGGGAAAGGCAAACGAUCAAGAGCAAGCUCUGGUGAAGAUGCCGCUACUACUACAAAGAAGCGACGAGCCAGCAGUGGCCAGCUUGGAAGUUCCUGGGCACUGGAAGCAUCAGUGCGCAAGACAAUAGAAGCAGAUAAAUGCAACAAGCGGCUCUGGAGUGAAUGCUUGGAUGCGACAUCUAUGGGCCGAGUGGCUUUCCUAGAUCGCGUUCAGGCAGUGUUUACAUGUGUGUGCUGCCAAGAACUGGUCUGCCAUCCUGUGACAACACCCUGCAACCACAACCUGUGCCAGAGCUGUCUACAGAGAUCCUUCAAGGCUGAGGUGUUCAGCUGCCCAACAUGUCGCCAGGAACUGGGUAACACAUACACUCUUCUGGUCAACAAGUCCCUGCAGAAAACACUGCAGGCGCUUUUCCCAGGAUAUGAAAAUGGACGAUGAGUGGGCCUAUAUUAGGGCUGUACUUCUGCUGCCUGUGUUAUAUCGCUGACCUGUGCGAAGGGCGGUGGUAUCUAUGGUUAUAUUUACUGCUGUGACGUGCAUUUAGUGUAAAGCAACCUGAAGACCCAUGAAGAAAGCCAUCUUUAGUGUGGCAUGAAAUUAGUGUCAUCUUUGAAUGUGAUGGCUGGACCAGCUUGCUGUUUUUCACUGACUUUUAGCUGGUGUUUUUAGCUUGGUUUUGUGAAUGUUAAGAUCUUGCUUUUGGCAAAGACAGUGUUUUAUUGUCCCCUUGUUCUGUAUACAAAUUGGUUUUUGUUAACAUGGUACAUGUGUUGUUUCGGUAUUUUGUGUCUCUGGAUGCCUGUUUUAUACUCAGUGAAUGUUUGCUUGCUAAAGCCCUUUUGCCUUGGUUUGUGUUUUUGAUGGAUGGUAAAGUGAGAAAGCCACCAAAUUUGUUUUAUUGGCUAUUUUAUAGCAAGAAAUUCAGUGCAUAGAGAAAAGCCACUGAAAAGUGUCAGUUCAUGUUUGAAGUUUAUUGUUGACACUUAAUGGUGUUUGGCCUCAUACUUAAAUAACUGGCACUUAUGAAGUGGUGAUUGUAUUUUCUCUCUGAAGUAUCUACAAGUACAAAUUGAUGAACAGUGUGUUAGGAUAGCCACAUGUGCAUGCAUAUGUGAGUGGACUGCUCUGUGGGAUUGAGUCUUCAAAUUAUUUUUUUCUUUUUCCAUACUUCACAGUUUCACCAGAUUUAGACUACGAUGGUGACAUGCAUUCAUUCAUGUUAAUGCUACUUAUAAUCUGGGGAAAUGCUAAGUUUGCCUUUCCAUUUUUGUUUUGUGACAUGGCAUAACAAGUAGCAAGCAACGUUGCACUGGAGCAAGAAAAUUACAGCUUUUGUGUAUUUAAUAGUGUGGAAAUAUUUGAAAUUGAGCUUAACUUUUUAACCAUAAAUAAAGCUUUUACAUUGGAUGUCAUGCUGAAUUACCAGUAACAACCAAAAAUCAGUUCAGGUAGCGUAUAACCAGAUGGUUGCUUUGUGUAAAUCACCACUAUGAGUUAUUAUGAAAUUGUGCUAUAGCAAAUGAAAAAAGAAGGCUGCUAGUUCAUGGUGAUGCACAAGGCCUAAUCAGUAGUAAAUUUUUUUUAUGAUCCUCCAACAGAAGAAUAUAAUACACUUUUGGUGUAUGCAACAAGAUUAUGCAACAGUAGCAUAAUCAUGUCAUUGGUGUUGAACCAAGCAUGUUGCCAUUGCUAUAGCAGAAUAUUUAGCUAGAAAGACUGAAGGCUUCAGCUAAGCAGUGUUUGCUGUGCUGAUUCUGCAAGAUGAAUCAUGGCAUGCAGUCGUAAAGCUCAGUUUGUGAAUCAAGGUAAUGCGAGUUGGCAUGUUUACAUUGUUUUAAUUAUUGAGGUUUAAGCUGCUGAAGGUUUGUGUAACAGUACUCUCUUUUGCAUUCUUUAUAUGCUUAGGUGCGCCAUAAAAUAUGACUGACAUGAAAUUAAACAAAGUGUUUGACAAUGGGCUGCAUUUUGGUUGCCCCAAUAUCGACCACAAUAUUCCUGACUACAUGAAAAAUAAAUUCUUCUCACUUUUUUUUUGUCAUCAAGUUUGGUUCUGGCUCCUGGUCACAAAAAAUGUGUUGCACUGUGGCAUAUAAAGAAAUUCGGAGGUUCAUAACAGGUGACACAAAGCUGCUUCAUUGUCAUUGUGUCUUCAGUGUGCACGUAUAUGCAUGUUAUGGAUGCACUAUAUAUUUAUGACUCUUAAUUUUGUGUUCUUUCUGUAUUUUUUUUAAUUAUGGGGGCUAAAAAUCGUAUCAUUUUUAUAGUCAAUAUUCAGGAGGAAAUUGGGGCUUUUCUUAGAAGCCAUUCCAUAGCGCUAGUUUGCUGAGGCAAUUUUACCAAGGAAAAUAACCAGUGAUAAAGAGUACUUUUCUAUGUAUUUCCACAAUGCUUUCCAACUCAUAUAUUUCAUUACCCACUUUGUUUUAGUCAUGUAUGUACAUAAUCACCACUCAAAACGUCAUCCAGCAAUAACUUCAGAGGUCUGUCUGAAAUUGUACCAGGAUUGCUGUCAUUUUUUAUACCUUAAAGGGACACUAAAGGUUAAUAUUAAGUCAACGUGGACCGUUGAAGUACCAUCCCAGAAACCUCGAAACGCUUGUUUCAUGCGAAGAAGAGAAUCUUAAGAGGACAUGCGUUCUGAAGUGUCCGCGUACCUCUAGCGCAGUUCAAAUUUCCCGCCCUCCGAUCGAGGGGUGGUGACGUCAUGGUCUUAUAGUGACGUUGCGCCGUCGGUGAGUAAAACGGCGCCCGCAGAUGGCGCUACGGCUUUUCUGCGCAAAACGCAAACGCGCGGCCAGAAACAGAGCCAAGACAGCCGACAGCAGCGCGAAAGCGGAACUAUGGUGGCUAACGGAAGGGAAAGCGCGCGACGAUAAGCUGGUUCUUUAUUUUACGACGCCAACUUUGACGCUCGUUGCAAUGGACGACCGUGACAACGACACAUUGGCUCGCGAUGCUGGGCUCUACUUCAGCGAUUUAAGCACUGAUGAACGCGACCUGCUCCUGCGGGCUCGCGCUGCCGGCGUCGUUGCGUACUACUACGACGACAGCUGUAUGUCAUGGCUGUACAUAUUCGCACAUUUGUAGCUUUUCCUUCGCGAAAACCAAAUGCCGCGCUCACCACCCCGUCUUCGACCGGCAGUUCUUGCGCUUCGGAGAAUGCAGGCAAGAGCGACGGAACAGCGCUACGGGAAAGCAUUGCUUUGAAAGGCACUCCACACGACUUCAGUAAGUCGGCGCUGAACUCGUAAUCCUCUGGACGACAGUGCAGCGAGCACACUAUGCGAUUUUACGGCUCUUUGCCAACGCGCUGUGGCAGAGGUACGGCACUUAACCACUUAGAACGGAGAGGUUCACUCGUUAGCACAACGUUGGAUUCGCCGCUGCAACUGCCCUUGGCCAAGUUCCGCGGACCGUUCGCGCAUCCCACGACAUGACAUAGACGUGGCAUUCUCGCUGCUUGUUCCAAAUGCAAGUUUCACGAGCCAGCAGAACCACCGCAGCACGACGCGAUAACGAAAAAAAACUCCAAAGCGCGUGCGGCGCUGAGUCGAGCGCGCAGAGUCGAGCGAAAACGAAACCUUUCGAUCACCCACACUACUCAAGGGUAACGUCAAAAUGUUAUUUUUUCUUAGAAUCGAAUAGAAGUAGACAAGCAGCAUUUUCUUCAGUCUUUCAAUCUAAUGAAAUUAUCUUUUUUAAUACGAGUAGUUGAGUACUAGUGACAUAAAUUAUGAUGAGGAGUGCCUUCGUCAUCGGGCUAGUACCGAAAUGUCGCUGGGGGGUCUCGGAUCGUGCCAUGCAUUUACCUCAAUUUCUCGGUUACUAAAGCUCUGUUCACGAUUAUAUUGACCCCUUAGACGUUCUGGAGCAUUGCUUUAUUACUUUAACUUUACUUCAUAGUAACGUUCAGUGUCCCUUUAAGCUGAUUUUCUUGUGCUUAUUAGGCCCAUGGCAUGCAGCCAUAUUUCAACAGCUAUUAAUUUGAUCACCUUGAAGAGCCCUAAACUCUUGUCAAACUAAAGGAAUUCUGUUGCUGCUGCACAGCAAAUCCAGUGGUGAUUGACAUGUUCCACUGUUAUAGCAGCAAGUACUGUAAAACCACCAUCCACAACAACAGAUGUGCACUCCUGAAGGCUUCUAGGUAGCGAAAUUAUGGUAGUAGUAAAAAGCCACAUGUUUAUUGAUGCAAAAAUUUUUUUAAUGCUUACUAAAUUAUUAUUAGGAUUUGUCAUGUUAUCAGCGCUCUUAUGCAUUUUUCACAGGCUAAGGGCUCAGAAUUGUUUUAAGAGACAUUAAAAAUCAUUUUAUGUAUUUUUCAUUA